AUGACGUAUAUAUUAGGCUUAGAUAUCGCUCCAUUCAGUGUACAUUGGGAAAGAAGUCUCCAAACAUUAGGCGCCAUACAUUUUUUAAUGCUCUCGUUGGUUCUUCCUGUGAUGACAAUUGUUGUACCAGUGUAUAUGCUGUUUUCACCUCUAUGGCCAAUUGCUCUCGCAUAUUUUGUUUGGAUGUACUACGACAGAAACUCUCCCAAGCAGGGCGCAUACCGUUCCACUUGGUUUAUGCGCCAACGAAUUCAUAAAUGGUACGCAGACUAUUUUCCUGUCAAACUACACAAAACAGAAGAACUAAGUCCCAACGAGAACCACCUCAUUGGCAGUCAUCCUCAUGGAGUCAUCUCUACAGCAGCCUUUAUUAACUUUGCCACAAAUGGGACUGGUAUUUUAGAAAAAUUUCCGAACAUUGAAUUUCAUUUGUGUACGUUGGUGGGCCAAUUCUACACCCCAUUUCGACGAGAAUGGGGUCUUCUUCAUGGAAUGAUUGACUGUAGUCGUGAUAGUCUCACGUAUAUUCUCAGUGGCAAGAAGGGAAAGGCGUGUGUUCUAGUGAUCGGCGGAGCUGAAGAGGCACUCGAUGCACACCCUGGUCACCAUAUUUUAACCCUUCAUCGACGAAAAGGAUUCAUCAAAUUAGCUCUGGAAACUGGAGCAAAUUUGGUCCCAUGCUACUCAUUCGGAGAAAACGAAAUAUUCAAACAGGCUGAUAACCCCAAGGGCUCCUUGAUAAGGAUGAUUCAAACAACGGUAAAGAAUCUUUUCGGCUUCUCUCCACCAUUCUUCUAUGGACAAGGCAUUUUCGAUGACAACUUCGGGUUACUUCCUUACAGGAAACCAAUCAAUACUGUAUUAGGAGCACCGAUCAAGGUUUCUAAAACCGAAAAUCCUACACAGCAGCAAAUAGAUGAGUUACAUAGGCUUUACACUGAAAAACUAAGGAAACUUUUCGAAGAGAACAAGACGAAAUACGGUGUACCACAACAGACACAACUUGUUCUUCAAUAG